GUGGACGGCUGCAUGUUUACAGUGUCUGUAGCAUUUUUUUAAGAACUAAACAGUCCAUAACAGGGUAAAUACGCGCUUUUUUUCCCGUUUAGCAACCACACCAUGAAUGGUAAGUCAACGAACGGUACGGUGGGAGGAAUGGCCUGUAUCGAGGGUCUGCCCCCGCUGCCGAAGAGCCUGAGCGGGCUGCUGAACUCGAGCGGCGGCUCCUGGAGAGAAAUGGAGAGGAUGUACGUGAAGAAAACCAUGAUCCAGGACGACCUGAGCCGAGGCAGGAACAACGCCGAUAACCUGCUGGCCAACAAGCCGGCCAACCUCGACGCUGCUCUGGCUCUCCUGCGGAAAGAGAUGGUGGGUCUGCGUCAGCAGGACAUGUCCCUGCUGUGCCAGCUGUGGUCGCUCCACGAGUCCAUCCAGGAGUACAAGGGCAGCUGCCAGGACCUGAGCGCCGCCUCCAGCCUCAGCAUGAUGGAGAACGGCUACUUUGAUGAGGAUGACGAGUAUUACCCGGAGCCCGGCGCCACACCCACCGGAGAACAGCCGGAUGGAGAAGUUGGAGACGGGACGGCAACAAUGGCGUCGGCCAAGAACGGGAACAGCAGCAGCGGCAAAGAUGACAGCUGGGACUCCUUCGUCACGAUCUGAGGCCUCGUUCUCAGCAUUUUCCUGCACAUGGAUACAUAUUGUGGAGGGGGGGGGGGCGACAGACUGGAAUAAGCUGGCGGGAAAAGCAGAGUGGCUGUGGAAAACUUUUGGCCUCCGAGAAGGGAGUGGCUGGUUAGAGAUAGCAGCCUGUGGUGUGUGGUUUUUAUAAAAAACUGCAGAAGUACAAAGCUCCGGCUUGACUUCAACUCCUCCUCAGGUGAAACAUUUACCUGCUUGUGCUGCAGAAUGUUUUUGUUUUUUUUGCAGCGUGACCAGGAUUUUCAUCGAACUUGCAGAGCUGAGCGGCCGGAUGUUUGGACAAGCGGCUCACUAACAUCCUGUGAAGCACUCAGGAGUUGAGCGGAAUUGUAUUCAAAGACUCCAUAUACUCACAAUUAGGCAAUAUGUAUACUUCUUUUUAUAAAACGCUCUGCUGCUGCUUCUGUAUCAUUUGGUUUUGCUAGCCAGUCACUCUUUAUUGGCAGAGCUUUUUCUUCUUUUUUUUUUGUUUUACAUAUACAAAAAUAUAUGAACAAAGUUUUAUUAUUUAUUAUAUAAUAUAAAUAACAAAAUAUUUGCUUUCCUGUUACUCUUUAUGGAAGUUUUGUACUGCACCACGGCCCCGAUACAAGGGUACAGCAUUUACACGUUGGGAAUCCCACAGAGAGAUUUCUGAACUCUGCAGUCAGUGCUGGUGCAACAAGAUGACGGACUUUGUGGACAUGUCAAUGGAGACGGUGUUUGUGUUACUUCUAAGUAGUGAAAUCAUUCAUUUCUAGAAAUCCCGACGGUCUGAACAAAAGUUGUCAGACCUCAAGAAAAGGAGGUGCAGUCCUCAUGCCGCGAUAAAAUGCUUGACGGCAGCACGGGUUGACGUGCAGGGAUGAAGUCUACACCUUCCUGCCUUUAGACGGAGCUGAUAUCCGCUCUGAAAAUGUGAAACGUUCAAAAUGCUGGAAGCAGUUUUUCGCUUGGAUGAAAAAGCCUCCAAGCUCGGCGCGCUUAGCUGCAGAUAGCGCGCUUCCCCCGAACCUUCAAAGCUGCUGCUGCUUCAACUUUGUUCUCUGACUUUGUGGUGUGCAGGGCUGCCUGAAUCUGGAUUAUGCAUUUUCUCUACCUGUAAUUACGACUCAUUAACUGAGUACAUAUUUCAGUUUAUUCCCACUUGGAUGUUGUUUUCAUAGUUGCAGCAGUGAUUAUUGUUAAUAAUAGAAAUGACAGAAAACGGACACUCAAGUGGGAAUAAAUGCUAAUUUAAUUAUCCUAAGCUAUAAACACUUAUUCUGCCACUUUCCACAUAACCAGCUUCUAAACUUACAGGACUUUAUCAGAUAGACCAAGCCAAGAGUUGCUGUGAUCAACUCAUAAUUUGCACUUGCUUAGUUGGAAUGCUGGCUUAUUUAUCGCAUUUAUGGGACGUAUAAGUGCAUAAAUCUGAUCGGAUUUUGAAGGUGAUGAGUUCUGAACAAGUAGUCGUUAAGGUUCAGCUUCUCUGGUCACUGUGGCCUUCAAGUAUUGCUGGCAGUGUAAAUAUUCAGUUGUAGCUGUAAAUCUAGUAGCAACUACCAAGUGAACACAGGGUACUUUAUAUUUAUCCUGCAUCGAGAUCUUAACUGAUCUUUGCAGCAUCUGCUCUGCUGGAUGCCUGGAGUUACGCUACACAGGCUGAGGCCAUCCCGAUCAUCACGGGAGGCGUCUCAGAGGGAUGUGAUGCAUCUCAUAUCGGCGCUCCUACAUAUCUGCGUACCCUCGAGGAGCCGUUUAACUAUCUUAGCUUCAUCAUGAAACUGUAGCAGAUGGGGAGCUUCCAUUACAAGAUUGUAACAGAGCGGGUUACAGACAGCACCGUGCACUCAAAUAAUGCUGUUUUUGAUUGAACAAAACAACAAAAGCAGCCUUAUUUCAGACUCUGAGGUGCAGGCGACGACCCUUCAAUUGUUCUUACUGCUGCUACACGUAGGAAGGAACUCCUCCGUCUUCCUUAAACUCCGCGGUAAGAACCUGUAGCACCACAGCUCAGAACACAGAAUUUCUGUACCCACCAUCACUUUGAGAAUUGUUCUACGUGUUCACACCGUGUCCGUGCAGAUGAUUCAUCUUUUUUGUGUCGGUCGGUCCGCUAUUUGAACACAAACCAAAGAAAGUACAGCACUCAACAUUGUAUUUGGUUAUAGGUGCUGAAGUAGUCCCAACAAACUGCUCCUGAAUGGUUUUUAAUUUAAAAGGUAUCACGUUAUCUUGAAGAAUGUCUUUACGGUUAUUUUGCAGCUGAUGAACGGAGAACAGUUACUCUCCACAUGGUCAUUAUUUAAGUAAGAACUCAAAGAAACUGCUUUUUUUUCAGUAGAUUAACACAAAAUGUUUGAUUUCCAAUUACAUAGAUGUUGUGAAAUUGUUGUCGCCGACUGAGGAAAGUCAAAAAAUAUUUGCUUUUUUUUGUCAAACACGGUCACGUGUGAUGUGUAAAAGUCGAAUGUGUGGCGGUUAAAGUGUAACACAAGACUUUCAAGCAGUUUAACACUUUGACAUCAAAUGAAAUAUCAAGUUUUACUCCUUUCCCUCUUUUGAAAUUUCUGUGAGGUUUUAGUCUCACUGGCACCUUUGUCAACAUCAAGGGGCGUAAUAACCUUCUGGCUGUUGGGAAAUGUGCAGAAAAUAGCCAAAACAGCCACACUUGGUCUUUCUGCCAGUAACAAAAUCCACCUGCGAGCACCUCUACAGCAAAAAAGUCUAAAUCUAGUUUUAUGGGGUUUUCUUUGCCAGUGUUCCCAAAACGUCAAACUAUUCUGCUACUAGUUUGAUAAUAACUCUGUCUUCUUUGUCUUUUUUCUUCUGGUCUGUCAUACCUGUACGAGGUUUUCUACCUCUUAUGUCUCGCUGUUAAUCUUAAUACUUCGCCUGUUCAUUUCCACAAUGCAGCUGCACAUUCCUAGCUAGAACCAGAACACUAACAAGAGGCCUCGGCGUUGGUUUUGGACUGAAUGUUUGCUCCCUGUUAUUUGUUACGGAUCCACAGUUAAUGAAACUCAACAUGUUGUCUGUACCUUAAACCUGGAUUUGAAUUCUGAGAACAUUUCCAGUCAAGUUAGUCAUUUAGGGUCAGUUAGAACCAGCUGUUUUUAUCACUGCUGAUCUCUAAGCACAGCCGAUCAAAAUAAGAUAACUGAUGUAGUUCAAAACACAACUCAAAUCUUGACCCUGUGUGAUUUUUUAUUGGAUGUCUACACAAUUAGUGCCUUUGUGAAGCUUCAGGUGUCAGACCUGUGGGCUUGCCGUUCCAGAUGGGGAUGAGAAUAUCCAAAUGAUUUGACAUGCGCUUGGUUUUUAAAGCUGCUACGUGUAGAAUGUCAGACUAACCUACUUAAGCAACCUCCUAAAUCCCUAAAGGUGCAUUACGUCAUUAUUGCACAGAUGAUUUAACGCCCGGCUAACCAAAUGUUACAAAUCUGCGUUAUUGUGCUCCAACCACAAAUCCAGAAAAUCCCAGCAAGAGCCGAUUUAAAGCCCUGCCGAGAAAUGCGGGUAAACAUGUUUGUUUGAUGAAAACAUCAGGUGGCUCUGGCCUCUUCCAGCCACUCCUUUUCAUUUCUUCGGCGCUCCGUCCGAGGCCUCUCGUACACGUCGCGGAUGCAGCUGUUGGGAGUGGUGUAUUUUUGACGCUUCCACCCUCUGAAACUUGAGUUGCUUCACGACAAAGUGCCGCAGCUCUCUUCCUGUCUCGACUGAUGAAUUCCAGAAGCUGGAGACAUCCCGUUUAAACUCUGUCGAGAUCAAUUUGAAUCUACAUGUAGCAGCUUUAACUUCCAAAGAUAACAACAGCCUUAAAAUCCGUCAUUUAGCAAAACGAAGCUACACGGUGCACUCCUCACGUAUUACUUUGCACUCGUGUAUGGCUGUUCUGUGUUGAAUCCCCCCCCUCCCCUGAAACUACAACUACCUGAUCCCCUUUGAGUUGGUCUGUAGUGAACAGGCACAUGGUGCUCCUUGUACAGCAACACUGCAAAUCCAGCACAAAAGAACGAAUAGUAAUAAACAAAAUAAAAAAAAAGGAGCUUUAAAUGGAACACCAGCAAAUUACACCCAACAAUGUACCAGUAUAGUGUGUGUUUCCUACUUCUACACCCUAAAAUACCCCCCUCUUUUUUUUCUUGUGAUCAUUGGAUCGUGGAUGUGUCUUCUCAGGGCAAACUUGUGGCAAAAAUAAAACUAAAAUUUUAACGCAACCAUUCUGUGAAACGUUAAAGAUCUGGCCAAAUGUAAAUAGUGUCAUGUUAAAGCCACACGCAAUGAAUUGUCGAUUAAAACAUCAACGAUUUGGUGCGAGUCUCAUAAUCAAAAGAGCAGGAGCGUCUUUCUCGACUCGCCGUUUUGCACCAACUUUGAACAAUCACAUGGAGACUUCACAGAGGGGAGAGACCUCAGUAGACCAGAAUUCAAUGCAACCACAUGUGAGGAGUGGGGGGGGGGACGACGUUGCUGUUACCACAAUCCUGUUACACACUUGACUGUUAAAAACGCUCUGUGGAAACUCCAGGGACUGUUGUGACACUUGAAGAAACGAGUAAUCUGAUCAGAGAUUGAUGGUGUUUAAUAAAAGAGGGCAAAAGGAACGAUUUAUUUCCUACAACAUGCUGGUCUCCGUCUCCCUGAAAAAUGUGUAAAACGUGUGUUCUUCUUCCGCGACUUAAAUCUUUUUCUGGGUUUUUUGGAUGUGAAAUGAGCCAAGAGAAACACGAGGAAGCCUUAGAGGUAUCAAGUAUAACAGCUCGUUUUUACCGCUUCUUAUUAUCGACGCACUAAAUAUCGAAUAUUUAUCAAUCAGUUUGAGUCUGUCAUUGGUAGUGAGAAACCAGACACGUGUGACUUCAUGAAAUUUCAUUCAUACUUGUACUUUAUAUCAUAAUCAUUCAUGAACUAUAGUGGAAACAAAAAGGUGUUGAUGUAUUUUGUGUUGCAUAGAUAAGUGAUCUGUGGAGAACAUGUGAAGGCCGUGUUGCUGCCAUCCGUCAUUCCUCCUGUUCUUUAAUCCAUCGAUGACCAUACUACUGUUUGUUUGGACGAUGUAGUCUCAAUGCUCUCCUGUCAUAGUUAUUAUACUGAUAUGAAUUUAAUAAAGUGAUUCCAUACUUUUAA